GAGAAAUUCUUUUGUUUCUUCUUCUUCUUCUUCUUCCCCAAAGUCUCAAUCCAGGGCAUCAAGUUUCUAGGGUUGUUCUUUUUUAUACGAUCACAGCUGGUCGUGGUGAAAAAAUGGCAUUGACAAACUUCUUAAUAACAGUAGCAGGCGUAGGUGCAGUUGUUCUUCUACUUAGGGGUGAUGUGAGACAAACAGCUUCAAUUUUCAAACGCAAUGUUCGCCAUAUUCGUAAGUGGGUUGAAGAAGAAUCUUCUGCUGUUUCCAAUUCACUAUGUUUGGCAAUACCAUACCUCAGAACUGGGCAGGUGACAAGGCAGUCAAGGAGAUAGAGUCGAAGGUUUCUCAUAAGGAUAUACCCAAAGACGGCAAGCACUAAGAUUGCGAGAGAGAUUUAUUUUGCUUUUUUGUUCUUGAUCGGCAUGACAGAGACUUAACUGGAGCUCAAUAUGUAUUAGGCCAAAUUUAUAAACCAGAAUCGAUCUGUUACAUUUGAUAUCUUGUACAUCCUUUACCUCUUUAUGUUUGAGCAAUAAAAUCUUAUAUUUGACUAAUCUGAAUGAAAAGAACUUGGAAAGAGUUCUGAGAACUUCA